AUGGUUACAAGAAACACAAGACUAAGACUUCUAGAAGGUUACAAUUUAGAAAUCAAUAACGUCAUGCCUCAGGAUGCUGGGGAUUAUGUUUGCCAGAUAAGCGAUUUAGAAAAUCGCGAUCAAAUUCACACGGUCGAAAUUUUAGUACCGCCCAGUAUAAAAACUCAACCCGCCAGCGGUCAGUUAACUGCAAGAAAAGGUGGAACCAUAACAAUGGAAUGUAAAGCAUCAGGAAAUCCUGUACCCAGCAUUCAAUGGACCCGAAAGAACAACGUUCUACCAACGGGAGAAAAAAUGGUUGAAGGUUUUUCAAUAACUUUGGAAAUGAUUGAUCGACAUCAAUCAGGAGUUUAUCAGUGUACGGCCUCAAAUGGAGUCGGAGAUCCGGUAACAGUUGACAUGCAAUUAGACGUUCUCUAUCCACCGGAAAUAGAAGUCGAAAGAAGUUGGGUUCAUUCAAGCGAGGGUUACGAAGCACAACUCGUAUGUAUAGUACACGGAGAACCACCACCUGAGAUAUUAUGGUAUCAGGAUAGUUUUCAAUUAGACCAAUCGGAAAGGCGAACGAUGGAAACAAGAGGUAACAAACACACAUUGACCAUAAGAAACGUACAAGGCUCCGAUUUUGGAAAUUACAGUUGCGUGGCCGAUAAUUCGUUGGGAAGAGCCAAAAAAUACAUGGAACUUUCCGGGAGGCCGAGUCCUGCCGAAUUUAAAUCAACUCCCUACAGCAGAGCCAAAGAUAGUUAUAAUCUUACGUGGGUGGUAGAAAGUUAUCCACCACUCGAAGAAGUUCGACUUUUGUACCGCAAGUUGAUGGUUGGUCUAAUUCCAUUUUAUUUCCGGUUACGAACGAAGAGCAUCGAAACAUUUUCUCACGUUAUGUCACACAAUAUAAGAGGUUUAGAUUCCGGUUCCGUUUUCGAAGCUAUUGUCCAAGCAAAAAAUCGUUACGGAUGGAACGAAGUUUCUGAUUUGUAUCAAUUCUACACAAGAGGACAAGGUAAUCUCUCUCUCGUACAAACAAACAAACAACACAAAAAAUUUUUUUUUUCAAACAAACAUUUUUACGUCAACAAUUUUUUUAAAUUUCAUUUUAUACUUUUUUAG